GUGACAGGCUAAGACCACGGUUGGUCCAUCUCGCCAAUUCACCAAUUUAAUUAAUUGAAUCAAUCAAGUCUGCAGCUUCUCCGGUUUCACGCUCAGAUCAGAUUCGUGUCCGCAAACUUUAAUGUCCAUCCGGUAAUUUCCACGUGGAAAUCUGCCCAUAUUUCGUUAUCAUGUCCGCCAGCGGUCCCAUCGUCGCCUCGCUCAAGAUUCCGUUCCCGACGCGACGUGAAGCCGAAAUCGCCUACGACGUGCUGCGGGUGGACGCCGAACCAAAGCGCAGCUUCAUCGAGAAGACCCUCAAGCUCGAGGACAACCAGCUGCUGGUGGAGUUCCGCGGCGAGCAGGCCAAGAACGUGCGCGUCGGCGUCGGUUCCUUCUUCGAGUCGCUGAUUCUGUGCUGCGAGACGAUUGACCAGUUUGGACCGGCCACCUUGGAGCAGUACGAGCACUAUUAG